AUGAAGUUCUUUUCAACAUUCACAAUACUCUCAUCAUGUGUCGCUGCUGUGUCAGCACACACAUCAAUAAUUUAUCCACUUCCACGAGGACACCCACAAAAUCCCAACGCUGCCGUAAAAGAUUACAACUGUAUUAUUGCGCCAAUAACUCCAGCUGGGAAUUGUACAACGAAGUCCUUUCCGUGUGGUGGCUAUCCAAUGGAUACCAAAAUCACACAAGUUUUCUAUGCUGGUGAUGUCAUCAAU